CGGAUCGGCCCCCGGCCGGAGACAAGCCCGAGAUAGUGGACGCCGUCACCAAGGUGCUCGAAGGCUACGACUGGACGCUAGUGCCUACCGCCACCAAGGCUUCUUCUGACAAACGGAAACUGCACGUGAAGAGGCCGAUGAACGCCUUCAUGGUGUGGGCCCAGGCGGCCAGGAGGAAGCUGGCCAACCAGUAUCCUCAGCUUCACAACGCAGAGCUCAGCAAGACAUUGGGCAAGCUCUGGAGGCUGCUGAGCGAGGCGGACAAGCGGCCCUUCAUCGAGGAGGCGGAGCGCCUGAGGGUGAUCCACAAGCGCGAGCACCCCGACUACAAGUACCAGCCGCGGCGGCGCAAGGGCGUGAAGCCCGGGGGCGGGGGAGGCGGCGGGCCCCAGCAGCAGUCCCAGGCGGGCGGCCAGCACGGCCAGCACCACGAGUACGGCGUCAAGUUCAGCCCGUCGUCCUUCAAGCACGAGGACGCGCUGGGCGGCGGACAGGCGUCUCCUUGCGGCGCCGCGACGGCGGCGUCUCCUGGCAGCGCGCACGGCCCGCCCACUCCCCCCACCACGCCCAACGGCGGCGAGAAGCGCGGCGGAGCGGGGUCCCUGCUCGCGCACCAGCUCAGGGAUCACCAGGCGGCGGCCGGCUUCGACCUGAGCCGCAUCGACGUGGGCGAGCUGGCCUGCGACCCGGGCAUCAUGCUGCCCGAGGACGAGGGCCUGGUGGACGGCUCGGAGCUGGACCAGUACCUGCCCCCCGGCCAUCAGCCGCCGCCCCCGCCGCCCCCGGCGCACCACUACCUCCACCCCUCGGCGCAGCACCACGUGCUGUGGGCGGCGCACCACAGCGCUCGCAGAAAAUCCCCGUCCGAGGAGGAGCAGCCGCCUUCGCCGUCGUCCGUCUUCCACGUCAACGAGGCCAACAACAACAACAACAACAAGGGCAGGAGGUCCUUCGACGACGCUCUGGCGCUGUACGGCGGCUACUGCGGCGACGACCCGGGUAGCCUGUCGGCCGCCAGGUACCACGAGCUGCAGCCCACAAGCCUCGUCAAGACGGAGCGGGAUCUGUUCCACCACCAGGGGCCGUCGUCGUACGUCGGCCACCUCGCUCCCGCGGCGACCGGCUACUUCGGCGGCGGCGGCUCUUCCUCCUCCUCCGCGGUGGGGUCCCACCACCACCAGUACCUGCCCUCGUACCAGCACAUACAGCAGAGGACCUUGUUCGGCAACCCGGGGCUGGGGUCGUCGGAGACCGCCUGGUCCAACUACGGCUGACGUCUCGAACCAACGGCGACCGGCUACUUCGGCUCAGAGACGCUGCUGUUUGGAAAAACCCCAGCGGCGUGUUCUUCCGCAAACAGCCCCGCACUUUAAGAGAUGAAAAAAAGCAAAUUAAGAGACGCCAUAUUGGAUUCAAGACAUUUCAUCAAGGGAAAUGAAUGUCUGGCUGCUCGAAGUAUGCAUUAUUUUGUGACAAUGAUUGCAGCUCACCAUAGAUUUUUUUUUUUUUUUUUUUUUUUUUUUUUUUUUUUAAAGAAUGAUUACAGUUGUAACAUAUCGUAAAAUCAGUUUGUGCAUUUCUGGAAUUCUCUGCCUAGACGAAGGCAAAUCGUCGACAAGUAGGCGGUGAAAUAUUGUUAAUACCUUAAAACUUUUGGAUCCAAAAAUGACGUCUUACGGUUUGAUAUUCCCCCUCCCAUUUUUUACUGUUCGUAAGCUAGCGCAUCGAUGAUAUGCGUUGAAUCCUGUGUUGUGCUUCCAAAAGUUUCAUUUAACUUAAAUACAGCUGUUCUGAAUAGUAGUCCAAAAAUAAAAACCUUUUUUUUAUUGCAUUUACUUCCUAAAGUGAGCUAUUAUUUAUAGACUAGAAAACGAAGACGUUGAACCACGCGUUAUGAACAAAAUGAACAUUAAUAACCACAAUUUGGAAUUGUGGAUCUGUGCUUACCGUGUUCAACUGAAAAGAUUUUACGUAUUUCUAUAAAGGUGUUUACAUGCAUACAACGAAUUUGAGUGUCUUUGUAUUCAACUGGCUAAUGCACUGAAGAAUACAUUGCGCUGAACUGAUCAAUUACAAGCAAGUCAAAUGAAAAUACCAAAAAAGUAAGUAAAAUGUAUUACUUUUUUUAUCUCUGUGCCAAUCAUUUUAUGUCCUUUUAUUUGCAUAUUUUAACAGAUGUGAUUUUGUUUUGAGUUGUAUUAUGUUUUUGCUGUAAUAAGCUUGUGCAAUUCACUUGAAACCGCAUAGAUAUAUGUAUUUAACAGUAGUGAUGUUUAAUGUCGUAUACAGGGAAGUUGAAUUUGAAGAAACAGGUAUCCCGGAUUUGUCCAACUCUCUAUUAUAUCGUUAAAUAAAAAACUAAAACUCGUCAUGUCAAGUAAGUGGUACAGAAUGUGCUAAUAAUUCUAUAAUGUUAUAAACCUGACCGAAAAAACUUUCAACGUAAUUUCUUUCCCUUUCUUAGUUGUACGUUUUAUUUAACGAAGGUCUUUUGCAAUUCGUUUACAGUAAUUUUUAUGAAAUCAUUUAGCAAAGAUUAAUUUUGAGUAAAUUUGGCUUAAUUAUGGGUUAUUGAUUUUAAAAAAAAAGUUUGUGACAGACUCUAUAAAGUUCUGUCAUUUGUACUAGUACCUGAUUCCAAGAAUACCUAAAAGUGAACAAUUGAUGUAUAUCCAGAAGCACAAAUAUUUUGAACUCGUAACAUUUAUGCCUAGAAAUGUAAUCAAUACUUAAAUUUAAAUGUUAAACUUCAUGAUCAUAAAAAUUAUCUAGGCUUGUAAAUGCAUAGUGAAGAUUUAGCUUAGUAUGAAAAAUAAUAUGUCCUAAGUAGACAAGAAAAAAUGUACAAAAACAAAAUUUGUAUUUUGCAAUUAAGCUGAAUUGUCCAGAAAUUACUCAUAGAAAUAUUUUAGAAUUAUUAACAUAAGGUGCUUUAUAAACAGAAGGAGACAGUCUAUAAUUAAGUUCGUUUUAUAAAUUGCAUUGCAUUAUAGUUUUAAUUGGCUUUCAGUGACAAUCUUACUAAAAAAUUAAGUACACUCUUCAUGCCACUUUUAUUUGAUGCCAAAAUAAUAUUUUCUUUUACACAUACAAAAGUAUUAUAGAACUUGAUCAGCUAUCGUUUCAGAAAAAAAAGCUUGUGUAGUAUAAGCAAUAUGAUAAGAUUGAUAAUUACGUUCAAUUUAAAGAAAAGAGUUUUAAAAAAAUAGGUAUGUCUGUCUAUUUUUGUAUUCGGAUGCUGACUAAAAUGUCAGUUUCAUGAUUCAUAAUUUCGCAAUUUCUUCCUUGGUUUACGUACUCUAGAUUUUCUUUUUCCUAUUACUAAUCAAAUGACGGAGGAUAAAACUUAUUUUUUUUUGUAAAGACAUUUUAUCAAAACAUAAUAUUUGGUCAAUUUAUUAGAUGUGUUAAGAAAACAAUAUUUUAAUAGUAGAAAAUAUAAUCAUAAUGUUGCACAAUUUUUACCCUACGAAACAUUUACAUUUAAAAUAUUUGUUUUAUUUCACGUUUUCGUUUACUCCGUCUAUUUUUGGCCAAGUACCUAUUAUCUGUCCUUUUCACGUCAGAAAAGUUUCCCAGCAAUGUUUCACGAAAACGUUGCAUUAAAAUUCGGGCUUGAAAUUUUACUCCUAUCGCGCCCAAAGAAGUUUCACUUCAAAAAUUGGUUUUAUUUCCCUGGUAAUUUAACAGAGAUGUUUUACUUUUGAAAUGCUCGAGAGAACAUUUAAUGUUGAAAAUGAAACAGAUGUGUAUAAGAUGGAUUCAUUGUAGAAUACAAAAACCACCCUAACUUUGGAGACAUUUGUUGUUGUAAUGGCGAACAAGCAAAGAACAUGUGGUCAUUACGGAAAUAUUAAAAUAACUACCAUUUUCAUAUUGUGCCAUCUGAAAAACUUAAUAGUUGGAUGGAAUAAAAUAUAAUAUGAAUACGGCAAAGAAGUGUGUAUGGGCUUUUCAAACAAUUAAAAUAAUUGUAUAUUAACUAAACAUAACAUGCCUAUAACAUAGUGCCUUAAAUAAAGUAUUUUAUUACUUCAUGCUUAUAAAAUAUAUCGUUAUGUUUUGAUAAAUUAUACCAAAAAUGUUUGAAUGUGUAUUUAAUGUGUAUAAAAUGUAUACAAAAAAUAUUCAAAAGACUGGUAAGAUAGCUAUUUCACGAUGUGUUAUGUUCAUAAAAGUUUUAAUGAAUGUACUUUUUUUCCCUGAAAAUAGAAAGUUAUAUAGUAUUUAUGUCGGAAUAAACGAUAUUUUAUGUUAAUGUAAAUUUUGUAUCAUUUAUAAGACAAAUAAAAUUCUAAAUACUAAA